AUGGUUCUUGUACCGGUGAUCAUUCUCAACGUAGUCACUAUUCCGCUAUUCAUAGCACUUGUUGUGGCUUACUUCAUCUCGGCGAGAAAGCUGACCAACAAAGUUCAAACAGUUGAGGAAAACACUAUGGCUAUAAUGGAUUCGAUUUUAGCGAUGUCUAUACCGAUGCAGCUAACCAAAGAGAUCAAUGCCUGCGCACUGGAGCACGCUCGAAAUUUGAAAUGA